UUAUACUCUCUAUAAUAUUACACGCAUAGUUCACCAGAUAUUACCGCUCGACCAACUUGUCUUCUGCUAGUUGAUAUUUUGAAGUCUCUUUUUCUGAAAUAUGGGAAGUUUAAAGGCUUUGGUGAUUAUCGCUGACGGGGUGAGCACCACCGAAAUCAUACCCCCGAUCGACAUGCUCCGUCGCGUCAACAUUUUUGUAACGGUGGCGGGUGUGGAUGGUCCGCAGCCUGUAAAAGCCGACUCAGAUGUGAUGAUCGCUCCGGACAGUAGUCUUGACGACGCCCUGAAAAAGGGCCCUUAUGAUGUUGUAAUACUUCCAGGAAGCGAGCAAUGCUCAUACCUUGUUGCCCAGAGCAAGCAAGCGGCGGAAUUCGUGAGUGCUCACGCGGCGGAGAAAAAGAUCGUUGGUGCUCUUGGGUUCGGUUGUGUGACCCUAGUGAAUUUUGGUGUGGGCAAGGGCAAAAAAAUCUCCGCCUCACCCUUCUAUGAAGGUAUUGUAAAGAAUAUGGACAAAAAUAAAGAGUGGACUUUCGUUGAGAAUGAAAACCUAAUUUUUGAUGGAAAUAUAAUCACAACCAAGGGAGGCCUGUAUGCCAUGGAUUUCGCAUUUGACCUGCUGCAGAAACUUGUGGGCAAGAAAGCGGCUGACGAAUUGGCACAGUUUGUCAUCCACACCCGUAACCCUGGCAAAAAAUAUGCUUGCGCCUAAUAAAUAGAAUGUGGCGCUUAGCGUAAAACAGAUUUAUGCAGUUUAAUAAACGUAUUUUUUCUGGAAA